AUGUAUUCAUUAGUUUGGAAUAUCGACGAAAGUUACGAAGAGUUUAUUGGAAAGAUUGAAAAUUUAAUUCAUAUAAAUUUAAUAACAAAAUAUACAUUACAAUUGUUCGAUGAUGAUGUAGAUGAAUAUCUUGAUUUGGAUGAAGAAUAUUUUGAUAAAAUGAGACAAGGGCUACUAUCGUCGCUAUCAUCCUCACCCGCAUCGCCAACGUCGUCAACAUAUGAAAUAUCGUUUAAAAUAAUUAAAAAUACUAUUUCAGCAAAUUUUCAGUCGAUUGAACCAGAACAUACGGUAAAAGAAAACUUUAGUAAAAACGAUCAGGAUAAUCUGACAACAGAACAACAGCUACAAGGAUAUAUUAUUGAUCUUACUGCUAAGAGAUCUAUUGAAGGCGGUCGACCACAGCUGCAAAAUGUGCUUGCGAGAAAACUGGAAAACGAUGAUGAAGUGUCACUGGAACAAGAACAUGGAAUGGAACCCAUAGAAUAUUUUGAAAUUACCGAAAACUGUAUUGAAGGGUCUAACAUACAGCCAGUAGAAGUGAUUAAAGAACAAGAAAUUGACGAUGACGAGAGGGAGGACCAUGUUGAUACUGGAAUGAAUCUAUCGGAAUUAUGUUCUGACAUUUGUUGGAGGAAGCUCAUCCGCCUAGUACAAUAA